AUGAAGGAAAGUGCUGUGGGUUGUCAUAUGCUGCUGUUCGAAAGGGGUCUUCAUCAUGUCGGGACCGAUUAUAUGUCGUUUCUUCUAUGGAAUGAGUAUAUCAAGUUCGAAGAGUCGCUGAAUAAAAGGGGUCGCGUUGCUGUGAUUUUGAAGAAAGUUCUCGCAGUUCCAAUUAAGUAUCGUAGUUUCUUUCUCAAGAGAUUCGCAUGGACUCGAAUGACGCUUACGGAAGCAGAGUCGAAUAAGUUUGAGAAAGCGGAAAAAUUUGUUCAAAGGAUCCUUCGGUUUGAAGAAGCCAUUUGGACCCCUUACUUCCAUUUGUCCCACCCUGAUGAGUCGGAGCUUGCAGCUUGGCGAAAGUAUCUAGACUUUAUAGAAACAGAAGGUGACUUUGAAAAGGUCAUUUUAUUAUACGAAAGAUGCUUAGUUGCAUGCGCCAACUAUCCUGAGUUCUGGAUUCGGUAUGUCAAUUUCUUGGAAAAUGGAGGAAGGAGGGAUACUGCAUAUGAUGCUCUUGAGCGUGUUACUCUAAUCUACGCAAAGAGAGAGCCAUAUAUUCAUCUAUUUCGCGCUAGAUUCUAUGAGAAGAAUUUGCAUUUCUCGAAAGCUCGUGCUGCCUAUCAACUUUUGCAUUCUGAAAUCUUGCCGGGUCAUCCUGAAGCACUAGUUGAUCAUGCCAGAUUUGAACUCCGGCAGGGUAAUGUGAAAGAGGCUUUUUCUUUAUUAGAGAAGGCCAUUCCUGCUGGGAUAAGGGAAGAGCAGGCACAAAAAGUGUUCCAUUCUUUGAUUGCUGACGAGUAUGAAAAAUCAACAAAAAGGGUCGCCGAAUCUCCUCCUUCGAGUAAAGCCAAACGCGCCAAAUUGGAAGUAGAGAACGGAGAUUUGAGGUCAUCUGUCAGUGAUAAUUCUUCAGUUGCUACUGAAAAUCGAGUUCUUUUGUUGAACUAG